AUGUUAAGAUGGAGCCCAUUCAUAAGUCCUCUCAGAAAUCCCAUUCGUAGUCUUGGUUUGGUCUUUAUCAUAUGGAAAACGUUACUGUUACUUAUCGCCCUGGUGUCCCCCGGUGCUGGUUAUGAUACCUCUACCGCAAUUCUGUUGUCUUCUUCUCAGCAUCAUCAAAGCCCGGUGGACAGACUCGUCCAAAACUUGGUCAGGUGGGACGCCUUCUAUUACGUUAAGGUUGCCGAAAGAGACUAUCUAUGGGAACAAGAAUGGGCAUUUAGCUGGGGUCUGACCAGGGUGAUCGGGGCAAUUGCUAGAACUCUUGGCGGUCAUCAGCCUCCAUCAAUCCAGACAGUUGCGUUGGUGGGCAUAUGCGUUGCACAUAUCUCGCAUUUUCUCGCCGUCCUGGCACUCUACGAUCUCACCAGACAUGUGACACGAUCUCAUGAGAGCGACAGAUUAGCAUUUGUCACUGCCACACUGCAUAUAUUCUCUCCAGCAGGUUUAUUCCUCUCAUCGCCAUAUUCAGAGCCGGUGUUUGCGCUUUUGAACAUCACUGGUAACCUAUGCUACGUUUUAAGCAUGAGAUCUGCUCCUGGUCAAGGCCUCUCUCCCCACGAGACCGAUGUAUGGAUCUUAGCGGCAGGGUUGUGUUUUGGUGCAGCAUGCACAGUACGGGGCAACGGCCUAUUAAGUGGGUUAACACUAGCUUACCAUACCAUCAUGAUCCUCAGGGAUGCUGUCACCCAGGGCUUGACGCCGUCUCAUGUCCGGCGAAUGACCUCAGGUAUUCUUGCGGGGUUCCUCACGGGAAUGGGAGCUGUCAUUCCGCAAUUCAUUGCUUAUCGGCACUACUGUCAAACACGACAUGAAGGAGUGCUGAGACCUUGGUGUACGAAGCUGCUACCGAGCAUCUACAGCUGGGUGCAGCAGUACUACUGGAACAACGGAUUCUUGCGCUAUUGGAAACUGUCUAAUGUUCCGCUAUUUAUCAUUGCAGCGCCGGUCAUGUAUCUCCUGCUUCAAUGGGAUCUUCGUCCUUAUCUCAGGAAUCGAAGAUCUCCAAAUACGAGGAUGUCAACAACCCAGCGGGCAGAGAGUCUCGUGAUGAAGAAAUGCCUCAUAUGCUUGAUGAUUCCUCAAGUAACACUCGCGCUGCUUGCACUGACCAAUUUCCACAUACAGAUCAUCACACGUCUUGCCUCGGGUUAUCCCCUGUGGUAUAUGGCGGUGGCAAUGUGGCUGAUAAGCUCGCCGAACGUUGUGGAAAAAAAACGCCCAUCGGUUUCAGCUUCAUUGGUUGUUCGAUUCAUGGUGGUCUAUGCAAUGGUACAAGGGGCCCUUUUUGCCAACUUCCUCCCACCAGCUUGA